UUCUUCUUUUUAUUGCACACAUAUACAUACAUACACACACACACACACAUAAAAAAUAGAGAGUAGAAGUGAAAGCAAAAAGCUGAAUGGAAAUAGUAGUAGGCGUUGUCAUUGUGGGAGCUGGACUUUCUGGCCUCGCCACUUCCUUAGGACUUCACAGGCUGGGCAUUAGAAGCUUAGUGCUGGAGUCAUCUGAUAGUUUGAGGACAACAGGGUUUGCACUCACAACAUGGACAAACGCCUGGAAAGCCUUGGAUGCCCUUGGUAUUGGCGAUUCACUUCGCCAACAACAUGUCACGCUUGAUGGGAAUGUAACAUCCUCGAGAAUUACAGGGCUUCAAACGUUUCAGAUGUCAUUUGAUGCCAAAGGAAAACACGGAGACCAUGAAGUUCGUUGCGUGAAAAGGAACUUGUUGUUGGAAGCCCUAGCAAAUGAACUCCCAAAUGGCACCAUCAGGUUCUCGUCCAAGGUGGUUUCCAUUGAUGAAUCAGGCUUAUUUAAGCUGGUGCAUCUCGCUGAUGGCACCGUCCUUAAAGCCAAGGUCUUGGUAGGGUGUGAUGGAGUGAACUCUCUGGUGGCAAAAUGGCUUGGCUUCAAGCAGCCUGCCUUUACGGGAAGAUCUGCUGUUAGAGGUUAUGCCAACUUCAAGAGCAGUCACGGGUUUGAUCCUUUGUUUAUGCAGUACUUUGGAAAUGGUAUUAGAUCGGGCGCCAUCCCCUGCGAUGAUAAAAAUGUUUAUUGGUUCAUUACUUGGUCUCCCUCCAGCCAAGAGAAAGAGCUAGAAGAGAACCCAGGCCAACUGAAGCAAUACAUGUUAAGCAAGCUCGGAAAGAUACCCGAUAAAGUAAAGGCUGUAGUAGAAAACACCGAACUGGAUGCUUUUGUAUCCGCUCCAUUGAGAUAUAGACAUCCUUGGGACAUUCUAUGGGGAAACAUCAGCAAAGGCAAUGUUUGCGUUGCAGGAGACGCGCUCCACCCCAUGACCCCGGACAUUGGCCAAGGCGGGUGCGCUGCAUUGGAAGACGGUGUUGUGUUGGCAAGGUGUCUUGGUGAGGCCUUGUUGAAGAGCUCACGGCACGAAACAAAAGAUAAGGCGGGUGAAGAAGGAAAGGAAGAAUAUGAGAGGAUUGAGACGGGGUUGAAGAAGUAUGCUACUGAGAGGAGAUGGAGAAGCUUUGAUCUGAUCAGCACAGCUUUAGUGGUUGGUUUUUUUCAAGAGAGUGAUGGGAAAAUCAUGAACUUUUUGAGGGACAAAUAUCUGACUCCAAUUCUUGCUGGGUUGCUGUUGAAAAAGUCUGAUUUUGAUUGUGGGAAGCUCAGCAUCUCUUAAAACAAUGUAGUUCUUCAGUAUAUUAAUUUUCAUUUGACUUCCAAGUAAUCUUACUUAUAUCGCAAUUAUAUUAAUAAAAGACCUUUCUUACCCUA